GUUAUUGCUUUUGUGAGUCAAACCAUGGCUCAUUACUUUAUAUAUAAGAAUGUGCCUCGUGCUACCUCGUUCUACCUCAUUUUACUCUUCUAACUCUGUCAUUUUUCACCCCGUCAUGUUACUUUCACCAAAUUAUCCCCGACUGCAGUGGGGUUUUGCAUGCCCCCUCACCGCUUCAAGUCUGCCUAUCGACACGUCUGGUUUGGCAAAAAGCUAUUAUGGUGCCCAGAUAUUCAUCCUCAGAUGAAUGUUUCUCCUGCUUUUAAUCUUCCAUCCGAUCUUCAAAACCUAUGCUGGGUGGAGAGUGCCUCUAUUUUCAGGGUUCAAGUGUGGGGUGACUUUGAUGGAGAGCAGAACCAUGGAAACGCAUCGACCCCAACCGGGGAAGGUUGCCAACUGGACUAAACAACCUUUCAGUAUACAAUACAUCAGUACAUCCAUCGCUACCCCUCCCCUAUCUUUCUGUCCGUGAUUGUCGAGGACCAAGACUCCUCGACCACUGUGAACCGCACACGAAUGCUGGGUGAAUCAUCCCCCUCCUACCCCACCGAGCCCCGCCAUUCCCGCGCGACCACGUCAAGAACGCAAGGGAGUCCAAAUUAAAAAAAGAGUGAAGAGCCGCAUUGCACGUGAGGUGGUGCUCGCUACUCAGUCCCUUGGAGGAAACCUCGUAUCCCAACCCACCCCACUGCGACCUCCAUUCUGAAAAAAAAAAUCCCCGGAUGGGCUGACGCGCUCAUGGCCCUGCGCUCGUCUGCCGACCAGGCUGAACGCGCCGCCGAUGGCUUCAGCACCUUUCGUGCCCCUCUUCCCGAACAUGCCACGGAGAUUACCGGUUUGAUCUCCGACUUUUACGCUAUCAGUUCGUCACUAUCGAGCCUGGAUGACCUCUCCAAAGAUCCUCGUUAUCGCCGUAGCUGGGCGCUUGUCCACCCAGAUGUGGAAUUGCUGCGCUCGAGUCUGAAGUACACCAUCGACGAUAUACUGGACUUUUUCAACCGAUUAGACGGCGGUCAUGCCUCGUCCGAUACGUACCAGCGGACAUGGUUGUCGAUAGAGCGGUUCUUCUGGAACGAGGCCCAGUAUUCUCUGGGGACUCGCUUGGCCAAAUAUAAGGGCUUUCUCAGGGACCUCGUCGACUCGGUGAGAGACCCCCGCCACGAAUCUCCGCUUCUUGCAAGUUCCCGCAGUAGCAUGAAAUUAUUGCUCGUAGAGCAAGAUAAGCGUCUCGCACCGCGACUCGCUCGCACCUCGCUGGGUCGUAAGCCGCCUUCUACUAGCAGCACCAGCACGGAUCAGCCUAGUCCCCGGAAGGAACGCCGACCACCUCUCCGACAACGAUCGUACGAGCGAAGUCGUCCACCACAUAUAUCUCCUCAAUCCCCGUUGUCUCCAUCCUCCGCAUCCUUCUCCGAUUUCCCUCCUUCUGUGCCGGAAGUGCCGAGCUCACCUUUGGGGUCUGCUUCGGCAACGGGUACUAGUCAAUCCACUCGCUCGGAUGUUUUUGAAUACCACUGGGUUAAAGAAGUCUUCUCGACCUAUGACACCGAGACCCCACUUCCCCCAGGACGAGAAAGAGCGGGCUGCUUUGGCGACCCACAUGCUGGCAUCAAGCCGUGGCUUCGAGACCAAGGCUUUGAGUUGCUCCUUCAAUUAGCCUUCAAUGACGACUCGAAUAUGACUGUAUACUUUUACCUGCGCGAGCGAGAUCAUCGCGUGCGUAUUGUAUGCAAGGUCCCGCAUAGGUCCCGUGCGAGCGACUACUAUUGUUUGCCGUUGAAUCUAUUGGAAGUAGUCCGGGAAGGGUCUUGCCUCCAGCUGUGCCGCAGACGCCAUGGCGGCAGUGAGCUUGUCUUGUGGGCAAGCAUUCAAUUUACAACCAUCGAGAGCAUGGUUGCAUUCUACGUAACGUUUUUGGCACUCCGUUCUCAAGACGCUGGUCAUCCUGUUGAGGAUAUUCGUGACUAUGAGUUGGAAGGUGAACGAGAAAUAUAUGGCGGUCAAAUCAUCGACGAUGAUUAUGCUCAUGCUCUCCGUGUUUACCGUGACAAGACAACCAAAGCUGUCAGGCUACAGGCCUCCGUCCACAAAGGAGAUAUGAACCACACCCCUGUCUGGACUGCGUUUAUCACCUCCCACCUUAGCCGACGCAGCUGGCUGCGUGUCAUCGACGAUCGAACCGUUAUCAUUCGUGAUCUGAAGCCUAUCAUUCUGAUGGCGGCUGAUGACUAUACACCGCCGCUGAACGAUCGCGAUGAGUAUGAGUUGAAGUUUGCAACUCCCGAGGGUAUUUCUUCUUUUUUGUUCAUCGAGACGCUUUACAACAGGAUUAACCUAUUAAACUACAGAUUCCGAUGACUUCUUGGACCAAAUGGAAGCCCUGGCGGCCAAAUAUUAGCGCAACAGCGUUGCUGCACCUUAGGCUUCGGGCAACAUCGUUCCGUCGAGCCUUGGAUAUGACUGAUGAGUUUAUGCUGAUAUGAUUGUCAUGAGCAAGAUCAAAAGUUGGAUUUUGGGGGCUAUAUUGGUGCUUCUCAUGGUGGCGCCAUUGGAAUUUGAUCUUGUUUGGAAUUUUCUUGUCGGGGUCAGGUGGUAGUCUCAUACUGGAUGGUUUGUAAUUGGCUUGUGGCUAGGGUGGUGUGCUGGUUCAGCUUUGCGGUUAUAUUUGCCAUUUGGCAUUUCUCUUGGAAGAUAAAUCUACACUGAUGACCAUUAUGCUAUCUACGG